GGCGGCGGGGCUAAGUUCCUGCGCUAUGAUUGCUCCAUUGUUAAAACCCGAAUGGGCUAUGCUCUAAUGCAUCCUGGCCGAGUGACACAUUUGCACGAGGGCCUUAUAACCACCAACGGAACGCGGUAUAUUUUUGUCACUUUUGUCAACCCCUAA